AUUUCCAUAGUGGAUGCUUCGUUGGUUGCAACAUGCCCAAGGGGACACAAUACUAUGAAUCAAUUAUUUUACCCGUUAUAGGUGCAGCUCUCCUGUUCUCAACACUGGCUGCCUUGUAUUAUGUAUAUUGCUAUUAUAGAAACAAAGGGGAAGAUCAACAAAGAGUUCAAACUUUUUUGAAGGACUAUGAGGCAUUAAACCCAACCAGAUUCUCUUAUGCUGAUAUCAAGAGAAUUACUAAGCAGUUUAAGGACAAGUUAGGUGAAGGAGCUCAUGGAGCUGUCUACAAAGGUAAAUUGUCCAAUCAAAUUCUGGUUGCUGUCAAGAUUCUCAAUAACACAGACGGAGAUGGGAAAGAAUUCAUAAAUGAAGUGGGAACUAUGGCCAAAAUCCACCAUGUCAACGUGGUUCGCUUGCUUGGAUAUUGUGCUGAUGGAUCUCACCGCGCUUUAGUUUAUCACUUCUUCCCCAAUGGUAAUCUCCAGACCUUCAUCGCUUCGUCCAGCGACAAAGAAACCUUCCUUGGAUGGAACAAGUUGCAUCAGAUUGCUCUCGGCAUAGCCAAAGGGAUUGAAUAUCUUCACCAAGGCUGUGAUCAAAGAAUUCUGCAUUUUGAUAUUAAUCCUUACAAUGUCUUGUUAGAUGACGGUUUCACUCCAAAAAUUUCAGACUUUGGUUUAGCUAAGUUAUGCUCCAAAAAUCGAAGUACUGUAUCCAUGACUGCAGCUAGGGGAACCUUAGGCUACAUGGCGCCUGAAGUUUUCUCCAGAAACUUCGGCAAUGUAUCUUAUAAAUCCGAUAUCUACAGCUAUGGGAUGUUAUUGCUUGAGAUGGUUGGAGGAAGAAAAAAUACAAAUGCUAGUCAAGAAACAUUUCAAGUUCUAUAUCCCAAUUGGAUACACAAUUUGCUUGAAGGAGAUGAUACAUAUAUUCCUAUUGAUGAUGAUGGAGAUUUUAGAAUAGCAAAGAAACUGGCAAUAGUGGGACUAUGGUGCAUACAGUGGCACCCGGUUCAGCGUCCGUCCAUGAAAAGUGUAGUUCAAAUGCUUGAAGGAGAGGAAAGCAAGUUGAAAGUGCCGCCAAAUCCUUUUGAAUCUGCAGCUGCGACUACUUCAAGUGCAAUUAUUCCAGCAAGACGUCUGAAUUUGGAGUUGGAAGUAAUCCCAGAAACAGACUAGUUUGAUUCAACAUACUAUUAAACAUUUAACUAGCACUUGGUGUGUGUGCAUGUGUGUGAUGUUGUAAUCAAAGAAAGUUGCUUUUCACCUUUUAACUUUUUGUUGUGUAUGGUAAAAAAUACCUGCAAAAAUAUAUAUAAAAAAUGGCUUAGCUCCUGUUAGAAGGCUACGUUAAUUAGUAUGUGUAACAUCUAUUUCAAUUAUGAAGCUAGGAACCGACGAACCGUUAUGCAUCAAUACAAACUAUAUGUCGAUUUCAGAGGUCGCAGUUGAGCUGCUUCAGAAAAAUGUUACCAUCCAUGACCUAGCUUUUUAACGAUCUUGU